GCUGGCAGGGCGCAGCGCGCAGAGCGCAGCGGCUUGGAGAGGCGGGGGGCGGGGAGACUGCGGCGAGUUGGAAAUAUGCCUCUGUCACAGAGCACCAUCCGGCAGACCCCCUGCAGCAGGAAGCUCUGCCGAAACCUCUUUGGCCCAGUGGAUCAUGAACAGCUCCAGAAUGACUUCCAGGACUUGAUGAGAAGACACCUGGAAGAAGCCCAGCACAGAUGGAAUUUUGACUUUGAGAUGGAAACGCCCCUGGAAGGUGAAUUCAAGUGGGAGAGAGUCCUCUCUCCUGACGUGUCUCCUGUUUGCCUGCCUUCCCAAGCCCUCCUGAGCUAUGCGAAAGGUAGCGAUGGGGAGAACCACCAGAGCUCUCCAGCACUUAGGAUUUCCACAAGAGACCUUAAUGUGGCCCUCUCAAAGGAAGCAGGGCAGCUGGGGUCUGGGUCCCACCUGGCCAGCUCCGCACGAUGCGUGAAACGAAAGCAGACCAGCAUAAAAGAUUUCUACAGUUUGAAGCGGAGGAUGGUCCCUGGCAAACCAAAUCCAUGAUGCAACAGCACAGGUUCUGCCUCCAUGUGUGUCUUGGUUAAGGCACAGUCUUCAGGCUGAGUCUCCAACCACUGGCCCUCUGCAGCUCUCCAGGAAGGCAGCCUCUGUCGCCCUCAGGGCAAGGAUGCCUUAGGGACUGAAUAAAGCCUGUGUCAGGACAUGGCUGCAGGAAGACUUCUCUUGGGACUUAGUUCCAAGCCUGCUCCUGCACUGUACUGUACAAGCUGCUCCCUGCAGCUGUCUCCUAUGCUGUGAUGUAGCAUGUAGAGUCUUAUUUAUAACUAGGUCUAAGAGUCUAGCGACCCACCUGCGUGCAAUGUGUAUUGUAAAGCUGCUGUUGAAAGCGGAGAAGGGCUAUUUCAUUACCUCCUUCUGCAGGCCUAGGAGAAGGGGGAUAGAUGCUGGAAACUGAGGCUGCUGGGCAAUGCUUGGCAACAGUGUGUGUGGGGGGGAGAGUAGGAACUACAGGAGCAAGUCUCAACCCCUCCCCCCUGCCCCCCGAGCUGCUCCACCUUCCCCCUCAAGGCCCUAGGGUAAAUGUGGUGGGUGAAGGAGAGGCCUAACCCCUAAGCUGCUGUAUUAUACCCCCACUGAAGUCUGAUGUACAAUAGCCUAGUUCUCCAGCAAGGCUCUGGCCCAGGGCAACUGAUCCUCACAUCCUGGGGUUGCUUAUGUGCAUGUCCUUCCCAAGCCUUGCUCCUGGGGCCAGGAGGAAGCAGUGAGUGCAGGGGCCUGCACUGGUCAAAGGCUCUCUGUUGCUGGGAAAGGAAUUGGGAUGGUGGGGGAGGGAAAGGAGAUGUGUAUUACCCAUAACACCAGCAGCCCUGGCUGCAGGGCUACUUGGCAUUUAAACUUAGCCCUUUGCUUGCUGGCAGGAGGACAGGCAUCGGCUCCAGUGGGUGAGUGGUUCCCUGGAAGUACAGGGGGGCGGAGGGGAGGGGCCGUGGAGGGUUAGACAUCCCUGCUAAUGUCAGUCCACCCAGCUCCACACCGGAUGCACCCUGAACGUAACCAGAUACACGGCCAGCUGGCUGUGCUCAUGGUGAAAUGCUUCUCUGUCUGAUUCCAGCACUCGCAUCAGAGCAGAAUGCCUUGCCUUGCCUUGCCUUGCCACUAGGCCCCCUGCUCUUCAAUGCACUGCUCGCUCCCUCCUGUGAGAAUUCCCUUCCCACGUGCCCCUCCACAAGGAGGGGUGAGCUGCUGGUCCCCCCCCAUGGCACAGCCGUGGCAAAGCUAGCUCUCUAAGGAGACUCACUGCAUGUUGUGCUGUUAGAGGCUUGGGGCCAGGCUCUGCCCUGACCGGCUGUGAUCUCGCUGUUAGAUGAUCUCGCACACAAUCAGCAGUUCUCAGGCACUUUCUCAGUGCUAGGUUCAUCCCCUCUGCAACUGGCAUUGGAUUCUAACCCUGCAGCGGGCCGCUCCUGGCCAGGGGAUGGACUUGAGCACAACCCCCUUCCUGGCAGCACUUUGCGUUUGGGGGCAACCCAGCACACUAAGCGCUAACACUUGUCUCUAAGAGGCUGCUGCAUUUUGUGGAGAAAUCAAGCUCAAAUGUGAGUUUGAUGAGUAAACAUUGUGCACAAAUGAA